AUGACAAAUGACAUCGAAACUCAAGCGGAUCUUUUCGAAUUUGACGACGAAGAUGUUUUAUCUGCUACAUCUUCCGCUGAUCUGAACGACGAAGUACCACACGAAGAUUUACCUCCUGAGUUAUAUAACCAGAUUAAUGAGUGUCUUCAAAUUGAAGAGAACAAACAAGAUGAUGAAUUAACUGAAUUCAUAACGAAAGCUCGAGAACAGGAUUGUAACUGUCUUGAUCUAUCCAAAAGAAACAUUGCUCAAUUUCCUGUUGUCUUACUCGAAUAUCCUUCGUUAGAUUAUUUAUAUUUAGAAGGUAAUCAAUUGACAGAACUGCCCGAUGAUUUAUUUCUCUGCUUGCCAAACUUGAAAUGGAUCGAUCUGCGAAACAAUCAAUUAACUCACAUUCCUUCAAAUGGUCUCGCUAAGCAUCCAUCCUUGAGAUAUUUGUUAAUCGGAGGGAACUUCAUACGUGAAUUACCUAUUGAACUAGGUCAGAUUGCUUUUGUUUCUCGUCGUUCUGUAACUUGUUCGUUUUCUUCAGGUAAAGUAAAACAUUUGUCAACUCUCAACCUUGAUGGUAAUCCAUUAGAAUAUCCGCCAGCGGAUAUUGUUAAACAGGGUAUUAAAGCAAUUCAACAGUAUUUACGUGAUGAAUAUGUUCGACAAGAAACACUCGAUUCCGAAGAUGAAAACGAUCACGAAGAACAACAACAAGUCGACAUCGUUCCCGACGUUUGGGCAUCCGAUGAUGAUGAUGGAAAAGAUAAUCAACGGCGAAAAGCAAGGUUCUUAUCUGCACUCGGAUUUGAGAAAUUCAUAGAUCUAACAAAAACAAAGAUAAUUCCAAAACAAAACAAUCAAGUAACGAAAACAGUAUCUGCUGAUCCAGUGGGAGAUGUCUAUGCAGCUCGAGCACUGGAAGAACAACGACUACGACGUUUGAAACAUCGUAAUAUCAAAAUUAAUGAAGAAUUAGAAAAAGUUAAAAGCAAAGAGUAUCUAGAUGAAUGGAAGGAAGAUUACCGUUCUAGUCAGCAACAAUUACGUCGUAAGCGAUUGGUGAAAGGCAGAGAUUAUCCCGAAGCUGUUGUACAAGCUCCCUUCGGGAUUGAUCCAAAUUAUAUUCAAGUGAUGAAUAAAGAUCAGCAAGAAAUGGUUGAGAGAGCUGUGAAAUAUGAAAGUCGACGGCAUCGUUCACCUGAAAGUGCGAUGCAAGAAGAAGAAAAUCGACGUACACGCGAUCGACAACUUCAGGCUCGUAUUCGCGAAAUAACUGGUAAAAUACGGGAACGCCGUAAUCGGGCACCAGGCAAUGCUUCGGAAGAUAAACAUCAAGCGGAAUUAGAUCUUCACGAGCUACGAAAACUUCAAAAUGAAGUCCGUCAACGACGUAUUCAGAUCAAUACUCGUUUUAAAGCUUACACUGGUGAUGUAAAAGCUCGUAAAAAAUUGUAA